UCUGAAAUUGUGGUUGUUGGAUUAAAUCAAAUUGAUGAGAAACAAUGGAUUUACAAAGAAUAUAGUUACAAUAAAAUGAUGUUUACAUGUAGGAUCCAAGAGAUGGCACUGGUGCAACUAUUUGGAUGCAAACUGCCGUAAAACUAAGGAAGAAGAAAUCCGGUCACAAUCAGAAGAAAAAGAAAAAGUAUUAAGCAGCUCCAACACUCCGUGAGAGACCAGUUAGCCGCCGAGCUAGCUGAGAAGCUAACUCCCAGGAGAAGAAGGAGCCAGUUUCUAUUUAAGACAAAAGCACAAAAAACGGUUCAUAAGGUGACUAUUGGACAUGUUUGGACGUUGUGUGGCCACCAGCUCUUCUUCUGAGGAAUAAAAAUAAGACUAUCCGGUCUCCAGCAGCAUCAUGUCUGAUCAAUUCUUAAUCCAACAAGAAAGAAAUACCAUUUAUGACCACAAUUUACCAAACAAUGUCAAGAUGAAAGAGAAACCAGAUCCACAGCAGAUUACAGAGAUUAAGGAGGAACCAGAAUAUCAACCGAUCAAAGAAGAACAAAUUGAGCUCAACGUCUCUCAUGUCAAGAAAUCUGUAGUGAAGCAGGAAGCUGACACCUUUAUGGUGGCUGCUGGUUGGGAGGAAAUAUGCCAGAGCACACCUGAACCGCAGAAAAUGACGGCGACAAAGGAGGAACCAGAACAGAUUAUAGAGGAAUUACAGGAACCUGAACAGAUUAAAGAGGAAUUACAGGAACCUGAACAGAUUAAAGAGGAACUGCAGGAACCAGAACAGAUUAAAGAGGAAUUACAGGAACCUGAACAGAUUAAAGAGGAACUGCAAGAACUCUACAUUAAUCAGGAGGAAGAUCAGCUUGUAGUGAAGCAGGAUUCCUUCAGUGAAACUCCUCUCUAUGAGAACGAAGCUGAAGACCAACAUGAGGACAGAGGCAAUGAUGGCGACCAGGAAUUGGAUGAAAAUCGAGAGCCGAUGAAUCAGAGCGACAGUGUUGACUGUUCUAAACUCAAAAAGCUCCAGAAAAAAACACGUUCUUGUAAAAUUUGUGGAAAACAUUUCAUCAGGAAAACUUCCCUGAAUUUUCACAUGAGAAUCCACACCGAAGAGAAACCGCAUAGCUGUGAAGUCUGCAGUAAGUCUUUCAUCCAUAGCAGCCAUUUGGUUCGUCACAUGAGGAUCCAUACAGGUGAGAGACCGUUCUCAUGUAAGGUCUGUGGAAAAAGUUACAUUGACAGAAGUAGCUUAAACGCACACAUCAGAACUUACCUGGGAGAGGGUUGUAGAUUGUACAAUAAAUCUUCCACCAAGAAUCAAGAUCUGGUUUGUCACAUUAGACACCAUGAAGCCAGGAAGCCGUUCUCGUGUCCCAUCUGUGGAAAAAGCUACACAACCAAAAGCAGCCUAAAAACACACAGCCUAGUCCACGGUGGCCAGAAGCCGUUCUCGUGUGGACUGUGCGAUAAAUCUUUUACAAACAAAGGAGAUAUGGUUAUUCACAUCAGAGUCCAUACAGGUGAGCGGCCGUUCCCUUGUGCAUCGUGCAAUAAAUCUUUUAUAAGCAAUAGAGAUCUGGUUCGUCAUGUCAAACUGCACAAAGCUGAGAGACCGUUCCUGUGUACUACCUGUGGAAAAUCCUACACUGACAAUCGCAACCUUAAAUCACACAGAAGAGUUCACCUGCAGGAGAAGCCAUAUCCCUGUGACCUGUGUGCCAAAUCCUUCGUAAACAGGACCGACUUAAUCCGCCACCGGAGGACUCACACAGGCGAAAAACCAUUUUCAUGUGAAUGGUGUGGGAAAUUAUUUACUAACAAAUACACUAUGUUAAAACAUGCAACAACUCACACAGACAAGACACCUGAGGCGCUGUUUCCUUGUAAUGUUUGUGAUGCAUCUUUUACUGACAGCAUUCAGCUGGAUGAUCACCUGAGGAGCCACACAGGUGAGCAGAGCUUCUCAUGCGUCACCUGUGGGAGGAAGUUCUCCAAACCAUACAGUCUGACGAUGCACAUCCGGACUCAUACAGGAGAAAAGUCGUAUUCCUGUGAACUGUGUGGUAAAUUAUUCACUGCCAAAUAUAAACUGACUGCACAUAUAUGUGAAAAUAAACCUUAGAAAAGA